AUGUACCCGGGUAUAAAGGUUCUGGUGCAGCUUUCAGUCCAUUGUUCUGGGUACUCAGAAAACUCAACUUAUCUGGCCAAACAGAAUGUAAUGGAGCUCCUGUACUGAGGCUGAGUACCACCAUGUGACGGACCACCUGGCACCCCGACUGGGUACCUCCGCUAACUGCUGCUUCCUAGCAACACCGAGUACUUCCAGCACUCCACCAGACACCAUCAGCACUGCAGUCCCCAUAUCCAGCGUUACAGCUUUGCUGGGAUCUUGCGGUCCUCCACCCACCCUGGACCCAUGACCAGGAUCCAGCUUCCAGUGGGUGAACCUCUCCUACUCCAGAGAGUAUAGCAGGAUAAUUCUUACAAGAGCUAGUGAUAUAGCUGUUAUAGCUGUUUCCUCCAAACAUGAGAUGAGACUCAAAUUGAGGGUGAAGUAGAACUGACAGAGCUGUGGGUUUAUUGUUCUUAUAUACACAUUAGUACCACCCACACGGUUUUGGAAAACAACCAAUAAACACGUACAAUACACUCAGACACUCCCACACAAAAUCCUCCCCUCUGCCUGUGAUACAAUUACCUUACACAAUGGGUAAUGUAAUUAUCAAAAGUAUUAAAAGUAUGCAUCACAUUCACAUAAAACUCUCCGGCCAGGCAGCCUGGAGGGGCCUCGCACCCAGCGGCAUACCGGGCUAGCCGCCGGGCCUCCUCCUGGUGUCACUGACACAGUUUGUCAUAAGGUGAUUUAUGCGGCCGUGAGGCCCCAACAAGCGCGAGGCCUUAGGCGGCCGUCUAAACCACCUAAUUAGAGAGCCGCCUCUGGUCCCAUGCCCAAAACAGUUCCAGAGAAUUAGGGCUAACAGUCUGUCUCUCUGUCUGGAGUACAAAAGUACAUACUUCACAUGAACAGAGCCUUUUAAAGUGCUUUGGGCAAGGUAUAUUGCAGGGCCCAUAGUCCUGAGGCAAGAGGCUGGCCAACCUCAGUUCGUCACAGGGCCAUAAUCACAGGGUAGGAGGCUGGCAAACAGGACCCUCCAAAAGCCAGUGACGAGGUUACUUUUGUCACAAUAGUCAAUGUUCUUACCCUGGAGCUUGUUCAUCUUGUUCGUGGGAACGUUUCCACUGAACAGUGCCCUUCUGAGUUGUGUAGAACCGAACGCAGGCAAUGCUGGAAGUCCAACAGUGUCCGGGAGUUUCUGUGUCUGAUUUCAGUUCCACGAGGUUCAUGCCCAAACACUGCUGCCUGCAUUCGUGGGAACAAGAUGGGCGCCACCUCGUGGUUGUUCAUGCGAACAGCGGUCACCCAGACGAACACUUAGAACACUGCGGUGGAAAGUGUUACAAACUGUCAAUUGGGCUUAACAAGCUAUUGGGUGGUCUCUGGUUCAUGCGCCUGUUCUGCUCCUGAAUCAAAUAUAAAAUCCCAAGAACCAAGUCGGUUCACAUAGUUUUUAACCCCUUAAGGACCAAACGUCUGGAAUAAAAGGGAAUCAUGACAUGUCACACAUGUCAUGUGUCCUUAAGGGGUUAAAGGGCCCAUAGUCUUUUGGUAGAAGGCUGGCAAGCAGGCCCGUCCAAGAACACGUGGCAGAGGCAUUUCUGACACACACCAUUAAGUCAGCUUCCUCGCUACUACCUGGAGUGCUUCAUACUCAGUCACUGAAGCUGGACUGAGUGACUGAGUGACAAGGCUGUGGAAGUUAUAGCUCUCUUACCUCUGGAUGUCCUUUCUGCUGUUGCCUUUUCUGUUCCAUCACAUGUAGAUAUCGACCACUCUACAAGUGCUAUCUCCAACUACUGCCUUUGCAAAGGCACUUCUGGCUCUCAGGCCUAGCUCUUUGUCAACACAUCCCUGGGACCAGGGACUAGAGCAGCCAGGAAGCAGGUGAAAGAACUCUGUAACUGGAAUCCUCAAAUAAACCAGACAGAACACACAGUUCCCAAUAGAACUAACACACAAUGCUUUAUGUUCACUCAGGACUAGCCCAUAUCCACGUUGCAUCUAACUUAUGGUGAUACACUGAAGCCAAAACAUAAAAUAUAAUUAUAUGGGGAAUCCUACAGAUACUCCUAUAACACAAUAAAAUAUUUAUAAAGGGGUGAGCGAGACAAACACUGACUAGAAAUGCAUCCCCUGCCUGCAUUAACCAUAAUAUGCAAAUCUACCUGAAAAUGCAAAUUAACGAGCCUUGCUAUUCAAGUAAGCAACUGUUUCAAGAUCAUUAACAACCAACAGGUGGCGCUGCAGAGGCUGCACAGCCCAGUCUACAUCUUUGGUACAGAACCAUCAGCAGGACAUGAGACCUUUAACAAAUAAAAAUAAUGCACACCUUGCAUCUGUAAUGGGCACAGGGUGACUUAGACAUUUGGGGAACCACAGGAGGUGUCAGUCAAAUGCUCCCAGUGAUGGUGACUACAGUCACAGAUCUACAUCCACAAGGAUUGCACUCUCUCUAUAAAGGGCAGCUGUGCCCACCUGCAGACUUAGCUGGUAUCUGGCCAGUUUCAGGAGGAGAGAUAGUUGGCAUAAUACUCCUGUUGGAGUCUUGAUGGGACUAACCAGAUUUAGUGAAACACAGGAUUAACUGUUGGAACAGUGGGUAUAACACACACCUCACACGACAUUAGCUCUUGGUGUUUUCAUCCACCACAUAUUCAGUAAAUACAUGAUUCUUUAUCGCUGUUAAAUACAUUUAUUCAUUAAAAUUCUUGUCUCCCAGGUUUCAGCGAUCUGACAAUAACUGGCGUCCCUCCAAACACUCUGCUCUGUGAGUCUCCCAGUUGGUACCCACAACCUUCAGUUACAUGGAGCAAUAAGACUGGAAAUACCACCAGCCUGGUCAAUCUUACCAACACCACCUUCACACCUUCAUUAGACAACAUGUUCGAGGUGAACUCCAGCCUUAAGGAAGUCCAGCGGAAUAUUCAGUACACGUGUGUAAUACAGAAUCAGCUGGCCAAAGCUGAGGGAGAUGUUAUAUGGACAGGUAUGUAAUAUGAUUGGGGAACAUUUUAAAUUUGGGUUAAAUGGGACAUGUACCAUCCACAGACUACACACAACAAAGCAUAGAAAAAAGGGAACUGGGGGGCACACCCAGAACAUGUGGCCGUAUGGUGGAACAGAAUCCCAUAUUUGUUUGCUGAGAUAAGUGAAUUUAAGUUUUAAACUGUAUUUUGAUUGUAUGUGCUCUUCCUUAAUCUGUUCUUUGUAUACAUUUUGGUCUUUACGUCGGCGCCACUGUUUAGAAAUGCAUGUUCUGAAUGUGCCCCCAAUCCCUCUUUUUCUCUGUACAUUUGGAAUCCAGACCAGAUUCCUAUUGGGCUGAGGAACCAACCCCACCAUAUAGGUUCCCCUUUGGGGGUGACCACAGGAAAGCACAAUUUGAGAGAGAGCCCCGGUGAGAGAAUCAAGUAGAGACAGGGCUAAGAAACAGAUCGGAAGAGAGGUGCAGACACAGAAGAGACUGCAGUACAGGGUGAGCUAAGGUGAAGUGCACGGUGUGUAAUUAUUAUUAUUAUUAUUUUAUUAUUUAUAUAGUGCCAUCAGAUUCCGUAGCGCUGUACAAUGCCUCCAGGCUCUCCGUCUGUAAAGGCAGAUUUACUCUUGUUGCAAUUCAUGUGAUUCUAUUAACACUCUCACAGCAAGCAUGUCUCUAGCGUGAAAACACCCUGGCACCCUGAACACAUACCAACAUACAGUCACCCUUCUUCUCACAUUCACCCACAAAUUCAAUUACAUAUAUUUACCAACCCAGCCACAUUCACUUAGUCACACUUACUCACCCUGUCACCCAACCACCAUGCACCUUCCUGUUCACAUACCCUUACCCACCUAAUCACCUACACCUACCAAGCCACCGGUUCACAUAUCCUUACCCACCUAGUCACCUACACCUACCAAGCCACCGGUUCACAUAUCCUUACCCACCUAGUCACCUACACCUACCAAGCCACCCGUUCACAUACCCUUACCAACCUUGUCACCUACACCUACCAAGCCACCUGUUCACAUACCCUUACCCACUUAGUCACCUACACCUACCAAGUCACCUGUUCCCAUACCCUUACCAACCUUGUCACCUACACCUACCAAACCACCAGUUCACAUACUCUUACCCACCUAGUCUCCUAUACCUACCAAGCCACCCGUUCACAUACCCUUACCCACCUAGUCAAGUUCACACGGCUAUUGGCUAGCUGGAGAAACUACACCACGCAAACACCAUUCCGAGCAUAAAAGAGAUCUUUGUCAAACAUGACACCAGCAUGAUGCACAGUGUCACAACAUUGGCAAGCCAGCAUCUCGAUAGAGCAGGAGCGACAUAUAAUGUGACACCCAUCCACCAUGCUGAGAGUUACAGGAGAGAUUCUGAGACAGAGGGUGAGAGAGAGAGGGAGAAAGAGAGAGAGGUACUGAGACAAAGGGUGAGAAAGAGAGAGGUACUGAGACAAAGGGUGAGAGAGAGGGAGAAAGAGAGAGAGGUACUGAGACAAAGGGUAAGAGAGAGGGAGAAAGAGAGAGAGGUACUGAGACAAAGGGUGAGAGAGAGGGAGAAAGAGAGAGAGGUACUGAGACAAAGGGUGAGAGAGAGGUGCUAAGACACUGAUCAAAUUAGUGAUGUACUGAGUAACAGGUAUAGUUAGAGAAAAAACUAGAGACAUGUGUGAAUAGUCAGAGACAGACUGAGACAGACACAGCGAGACAGACACAUGGAAAGUAUGACAGAGAUAGGGACAAGGCAUACCGUUUGCACAUUUUGCAUGUUUUGUAAUGAUCUCCUUUAAUUCAGAAUGAAAAUUGUUGGGUCUCCUGGAAGAGGUAGGUGAUAUAAAACAGAUGUAAUGACAUUAAAGAUUGAAAUCAAUGUAUUUUAAAGCGUAUUGUGCAAGGUUUGAUGUGUAAGAGUAGACAGGAGCAAUAAGUCACAUAGAUGAAGGUUACCAGUUUAGGGAACGGUUUACAUGCUUUGCUUGGUGUGCAUCGAUGGCUGUUGGAACCUGUGGGUUGAUGGGUCCAAGUAAACGAAGAUUGAUAAGCCGUGGCAGAUGAGGAUUGUUAAAGGACCAUUAUAGGCACCCAGACCACUUCAGCUCAAUGAAGUGGUCUGGGUGCCAGGUCCAUCUAGGAUUAACCCUUUCUGCUGUAAACAUAGCAGUUUCAGAGAACUUGCUAUGUUUACUUUACGGUUAAUCCAGCCUCUAGUGGCUGUCUCAUUGACAGCCGCUAGAGGCGCUUCCGCGCUUCUCACUGUGAUUUUCACAGUGAGAAGACGCCAGCGUCCAUAGGAAAGCAUUGAGAAAUGGACUAACUGAAUGCGUGCGUGGAUGCACAUUCAGACGAUGACGUCGGAAGAGGGAGGAGAGUCCCCAGCGCCGAGGGAGCCCGGCGCUGGAGAAAGGUAAGAGUUUAACCCCUUCCUCCACCUAGAGCCCGGUGGGAGGGGAACCCUGAGGGUGGGGGGGGGGACUAUUAACCCUAUAGUGCCAGGAAAAAUAGUUUGUUUUCUUGGCACUAUAAUGGUCCUUUAAGUCAGGGCAGAUUAGGGUUUACAGGUUCUGGUAGGUGAUGCUUUACCGAUCCAAGCAGCUAAUGUUUUUUGAUCCAGGAAGCUGAAGGUUUGUGGAGUCAUGUGAGUGAAGGUUUCUAGGACUUACUGUGUGUAGGUAGAUUGUUCCGGGUGGAUUGUGAUCCUGUUUUUUAUUUUGUUUUAAUCUUUUUCUCUACAGCUUCUGGUGUCAAAACACAGACUCGUCUGGACAUUAUCAGCUCGGCACAUAUUCCGUUACCUCCUUUAUGUCUACUUUGUGUCCUCUGCUUCCAGCUUUUGUCUCCCCUUGUCUAAUGAGCACAAUGUGGCCAGGUAACUAAAAGCCAAGAAUCCACACAGAUUCUUAUCCACAUACACGGAUAAAACCUUAUACACAAACAAAAUAAGAGAUUAAAUGCAUAAAAGACAAUGAAGAUUUGACCAGUUAUGCCUUAUCAAGCUUCAGAAUUAUACCAACAGUCUGGGAUCAAGGAUGAACAGGGGGCGUCACCUCCACCUUUUUUAAUAUUGAUAAAAACAAUGUGAAAAAUAUAUAAAUUAAACCAAUAAAAUGCUGAUCUGUUUAUUUGAAUUCUUGUAGUACCAGAGGGGACCUAAGUAUAAACCAGUCUGUUGGAGAAUGCCAUGAAUUUGGCAAGCAAUGAAUACCAUGCACAAUCUAUUUUUCGCUGUUUGGAUGGAUUAAAUGGGUCACUGACUGGCUGUGGUCUAUGAUAACAGUUUGUUUUUCUGUGUAUUUCAGAGCAGUGCAAGUUCACAUUAUGGACACACAGACAUUUCCACAUGGAUGGAAAAACAGACAUUUAUUGAGACAAACAUUAAGGUCCGUCUACAGCUUUUAUUCUGGUUCUUUUCUCGGAUCUUCGUAUUGCACAUCGACUGUCACAAUUUGUUACUGCCUCAUUGGGGGACCUCUACUGAGACUGUCCUGUCUGACGCUUCGUGGGAGUUUAUCUGUGACUUUAGAUGAUUUGACAGAUCCAGCAGAGAUAUCGACUUUCAACUCUACAAAACCAUAAUAUGACCUACAUGUCAAGGGCAAUCCUAUCUACAGCUUUAAACUUACUGUGAUAUAAUAAUGUUACCCACCCAGGGGCAAUCCUAACUACAGCUUUACCCUAACCAUAAUGUUACCCACCCAGGGGCAAUCCUAUCUACAGCUUUAAACGUACUGUGAUAUAAUAAUGUUACCCACUCAGGGGCAAUCCUAUCUACAGCUUUAAACUUACUGUGAUAUAAUAAUGUUACCCACCCAGGGGCAAUCCUAUCUACAGCUUUACCCUAACCAUAAUGUUACCCACCCGGGGGCAAUAAUAUCUAAAGCUUUACCCUUACCAUGAUAUAACCCACCUGUGAGGCAAUGUUAUCCAUAGCUUUACCCUCACCGUGAGAUAACCCACCCAGGGGCAAUCCUAUCUACAACUUUACCCAUACCGUGAUAUAAUCCACCUGGAGCAAUAAGAUCCACAGCUUUACCCUUACCAUGAUAUAACCCACCCGGGGGGCAAUAUUAUCUACAGCUUUACCCUUACCGUUAUAUAACUCACCCAGGGCAAUAAUAUCUACAGCUUAACCCUUACCAUAAUAUAACCCACCUGGGAGCAAUAAUAUCUACGGCUUUACCCUUAUCAUGAUAUAACCCACCCAGGGGCAAUAUUAUCUACAGAUUUACCCUUACCAUGAUAUAACCCACCUGGGGGCAAUAAUAUCUACAGCUUUAACUUUACCAUGAUAUAACCCCCCCGGGGGGCAAUAUUAUCUACAGCUUUACCCUUACCGUUAUAUAACUCACCUGGGGACAAUCCCAUCUACAGCUUUACCCUUACCAUGAUAUAACCCACCCGGGGGGCAACAUUAUCUACAGCUUUACCCUUACCGUUAUAUAACUCACCCAGGGCAAUAAUAUCUACAGCUUUACCCUUAUCAUGAUAUAACCCACCUGGGGACAAUCCCAUCUACAGCUUUACUCUUACCAUGAUAUAACCCACCCGGGGGGCAACAUUAUCUACAGCUUUACCCUUACCGUUAUAUAACCCACCUGGGGGCAAUAAUAUCUACAGCUUUACCCUUACCAUGAUAUAACCCACCUGGGGGCAAUAAUAUCUACAGCUUUACCCUUACCAUGGUAUAACCCACCCGGGGGGGGGCAAUAUUAUCUACAGCUUUACCCUUACCGUUAUAUAACUCACCCAGGGCAAUAAUAUCUACAGCUUUACCCUUACCAUGAUAUAACCCACCCGGGGGGCAAUAUUAUCUACAGCUUUACCCUUACCGUUAUAUAACUCACCCAGGGCAAUAAUAUCUACAGCUUUACCCUUUCCGUGAUAUAAUCCACGCGGAGCAAUAAGAUCCACAGCUUUACCCUUACCAUGAUAUAUCCCACCCGGGGGCAAUAAUAUCUACAGCUUUACCCUUACCAUGAUAUAACCCACCUGGGGGCAAUAAUAUCUACAGCUUUACCCUUACCAUGGUAUAACCCACCCGGGGGGGGCAAUAUUAUCUACAGCUUUACCCUUACCGUUAUAUAACUCACCCAGGGCAAUAAUAUCUACAGCUUUACCCUUACCAUGAUAUAACCCACCCGGGGGGCAAUAUUAUCUACAGCUUUACCCUUACCAUGAUAUAUCCCACCUGGGUGCAAUAAUAUCUACAGCUUUAACUUUACCAUGAUAUAACCCACCCGGGGGGCAAUAUUAUCUACAGCUUUACCCUUACCGUUAUAUAACUCACCCAGGGCAAUAAUAUCUACAGCUUUACCCUUUCCGUGAUAUAACCCACGCGGAGCAAUAAGAUCCACAGCUUUACCCUUACCAUGAUAUAUCCCACCCGGGGGCAAUAAUAUCUACAGCUUUACCCUUACCAUGAUAUAACCCACCCAGGGUCAAUCCCAUCUACAGCUUUACCCUUACCAUGAUAUAACCCACCCAGGGGCAAUAUUAUCUACAGAUUUACCCUUACCAUGAUAUAACCCACCUGGGGGCAAUAAUAUGUACAGCUUUACCCUUACCAUGAUAUAACCCACCCAGGGGCAAUAUUAUCUACAGCUUUACCCUUACCAUGAUAUAACCCACCCGGGGGCAACAUUAUCUACAGCUUUACCCUUACCAUGAUAUAACCCACCCGGGGGCAACAUUAUCUACAGCUUUACCCUUACCAUGAUAUAACCCACCUGGGGGCAACAUUAUCUACAGCUUGGUGGGUUCAUAGAACAAUAUGUCUGUCAUUGGUGGAAGUGGAUCACAGGAAGCAGAAUCUGUGAUCUGUGAAUUUGCCCUUGCCCUAAAGUUGCCAGCCCUCCCCUGGCCACAAGUUCCGUUAUUUCAGUCCAAGUCCUGAAUAAAAUGCCGGGUCCGUCAUACAUGAAUGAGUCUGCUAUUUCAUGCUAUAUUCUUAUAAUGAAGAAUAUUUCACUUUCAUUGUUAUUUAUUAUCAAAAUGCUCCACGUCACCUGUAAAAUAAAUCAAUUUUUAAAGGAA